AUGGCGUCCGACACGGUCCCCCCGCUCGCCAUCAUCGGGCUAUCCUUCCAGUUUCCUGGAGAUGCAACGAAUCAAGAUGCCUUCUGGGACAUGCUGGUUCAAGGUCGAUCUGCAUCCAGCGAGUUCCCUGCGGACCGAAUGAACAUCGACGGUCAUCACAAUCCCAACAGAGAUAAGUUGCACAGUAUGUCCUGCAGAGGAGGACAUUUCCUCACUCGCGAUCUCGCGGCAUUUGACGCGCCUUUCUUCAACAUCUCCGACACCGAAGCGAAGGCCAUGGAUCCACAACAGCGCCUCGCCUUGGAGACCGUGUAUCGAGCUCUCGAGAACGCGGGCCUUCCGAUGGACGAGGUGGCGGGCUCAAAAACGAGCGUGAUGGCCGGUUCCUUCUGCAACGACUAUCAUGCAAUCCAGACCAAGGACACCCUAAGUCUCCCCAAGACCGCUACCAUGGGCAGUUCCCAGAGCAUGAUUGCAAACCGUAUCAGUUGGUUCUUUGACUUGCAAGGGCCAAGCGCAACGGUAGACACUGCCUGCUCCAGCAGUCUCAUGGCCGUGGAUUUGGCAUGUCAGUCACUAUGGAGUAGUGAUGCAACGAUGGGAAUUGCCCUCGGGUGUAACGUCAUACUCGCCCCUGAGAUGACGCUCGGCUUGGAUAACCUUGGGCUCCUGUCCCGCGAUAGCCGUUGUUACAGCUUUGACGAUCGUGCCAACGGAUAUGCAAGAGGCGAAGGCGUGGGUGCCGUGAUUGUCAAACGUCUCGACGAUGCUGUUGCAGCCGGACACACGGUCAGAGCGGUCAUUCGGUCGUCGAGCUCCAACCAGGAUGGCAAGACUCCGGGUAUCCUGCAGCCAAGUAAAGACGCGCAGGUCCGCUUGAUUCGUGACACCUAUCGGAAAGCUAGUCUCGACAUGCGUUCAACAAGAUAUUUUGAGGCUCAUGGUACCGGAACUCCGGUUGGCGAUCCCAUUGAGACUAGGGCGAUCGGAUCAGCGUUUCAAGGUUAUCGCUCAUCCGACGACCCACUUUACGUGGGCUCGGUCAAAUCCAACAUCGGCCAUCUAGAAGGAGCGAGUGGUAUUGCGGGCCUGAUCAAAACAGUUCUUAUCUUGGAAAAAGGGGUCAUGCCGCCAAACAGUAGCAAUUUGCAGACACUGAAUCCUCAGAUCGAUGAGCAGUACCUUAACCUGAAGAUCCUAAGCCAUGCGAUCUCUUGGCCCUCACCGGGCUUACGCAGAGCCUCUGUCAACUCCUUCGGCUUCGGCGGAGCCAAUAGUCAUGUCGUUCUGGACGAUGCUUACAACACCUUUCGCAUGCACAGUAUCAAGGAUGGGCGUCAUCAGACUGUCAUCGAGCCUCCCUUGCUGCAUGACGCAGAGGACUCGUUACAGGCAAACGGUCAUCUUGAGAAUAGCCUCAACUCCUCUGGCCCUCAGAGAAACGGCACUUUGAGUCCAACAUCUGAAUCUGCCCUUCUAGUGUGGUCUGCAGCAGACGAAGCAGGCAUCAAAAGACUGGCAAACUCGUGGCGGCAGUAUGUAGCUACCACGAAAGCGACGGACCGCCCCACGGUGACUUGCAUACAAGACUUGGCUUUCACACUGUGUGCGAGGCGGAGCCAGCUUGCCUGGAGAGCCUUUGCUGUAGCCAAGCCUGCGGAAGACUUGCAGGUUACCAUGCAGAGACUUAGCCCUGCCAUACAUGCUAAAGCAAACCCUCGUCUAGCUUUCGUCUUCACGGGUCAAGGAGCCCAGUGGCAUGCUAUGGGCCGUGAGCUCAUCGAUCAAUACGAGGUGUUCAGGAAUAGUCUAAUCGAUUCGGGCAACUACUUGAAAACGCUUGGGUGUGCUUGGGAUGUUCUAGACGAGAUGGAGAGAGAUGAAGCUGACACUCGAGUGAACAAUCCGACAUUCGGACAGCCACUCUGCACAGCACUGCAGAUUGCCUUGGUAGAGCUCCUCCAAUCAUGGCAUAUCAGGCCUGAUGCAGUGGUCGGCCAUUCCUCUGGUGAGAUUGCAGCUGCUUACUGCGCUGGUGCAAUCACGAAAGGUUCUGCUCUGAAGAUAGCGUACUUUAGAGGCUUCCUUACCGGGAUCUUAGGCAAGUACCGUACUAUGACACCCGGUGCCCUUGCUGCGAUGAGGGCAAGGGAACAUGGGGGAAAGCUGCAGAAGUACCUGGAGUCGGUAGCCUCGCAGUUCGGUGAGCUCAAGCUCGACGUUGCGUGUAUCAACAGUCCCACCAGCGUCACUAUUUCCGGGGAGGCGAGCCAGAUCGACUUCCUUCAUCAAACCCUGAUCGAGAAGAAGGUUUUCACAAGAAAGCUUGCCGUCAACGUCGCAUAUCACUCUUUCCAGAUGAAGGAGAUUGCCGGCAUAUACCAGGAACUGCUGGCGGAGCUGGAGCGACCAGCCAAAGCCAAGAAGCCACCUGUGAUGGUCUCCAGCGUCACAGGAACAUGGGUUUCAGAAGAAGAGCUUUCCGAGCCCGAGUACUGGGUAAGGAAUCUGGUAUCGCCCGUGCUAUUCGACGAUGCCCUCUCCAGGUUGUGCUCCCAAUCAGCAACAUCGACUCGAAGGUUUGAUGGAAGUCAUCGCCGCAAUGUCGCGCCGCACCACCUACUAGAGAUCGGGCCUCAUUCCGCCCUUCAAGGUCCCUGUGAAGACAUUCUCAAGGCCGUGGGCAAGCAUGACCAAAUCACUUACAUCCCACUCCUGCGCCGCGGUCGCUCUGCCGUUGACUGCAUGAUGCACGGGGCAGGCCGCUUGCACUGUAGCGGCUACCCGAUCGGCUUGCUUUCAGUCAACAAUGGAGGAGAAUUCAAGCCACAACACAAGCCCCGCGUGCUCGUCGAUCUACCGGAAUACCCUUUCAACCACUCCAAGACAUAUUGGUUCGAGAGCCGCAUCAGCAAAGGUUACAGAUUCCGUCAGUUCGGCCACACGGAACUACUCGGGGUGCCUGAUCCUGAUGGAAAUCCCAUGGAAGCUAGAUGGAGAAACAUCAUACGACUUUCAGAGAUGCCAUGGGUGGAAGACCAUAAGAUCAACAGCAGCAUCCUGUAUCCCGGUGCCGGUAUGGUUGUCAUGGCUAUUGAAGCAGUCAAGCAACUAGCAGACCAGAACCGCGGCAUUGCGGGAUUCGACAUCAAGGAUGUGGUUUUCUCGUCGGCUUUGCAGAUCCCAAGCCAUGCUGAUGGUGAUGCGACGGGCUGGUUCGAGUACCGCGUUUGCACGUACAAUAAUGAAUCGUGGAUCGAGAACAGCUCGGGCUCAAUUCAAGCUCAUUAUGAGUCCGAUGUGCAGGUACCAAACAUCAGCCAUGGCGAAGAGUCUAAAUGGCAGGCGUCCCUUACGAAGAAUUGCCAGCGUGCACUCGAGCAAUGUGCAUCGCAUGAAGACUCAGGCAGAUUUUAUGAAGGCUUGCACAACUGUGGGUAUCACUAUGGGUCGAUGUUCAGAGUCAUUGAGGGCAAUAUCUCCAGGCAAGACGAGGAAACAGCCAUGGUUUCGCAAGUCAAGGUCUUCAGGCCUGACCGCACAGCAGGGUCAGAGGUCUAUCCGGCGCAUACAAUCCACCCAACCACUCUAGACGGUGUGAUUCAAAUGAUGGCCGCGCUAGCCACUGACGCCGGACAGCGAACGAUUCCCGUGUCCGUGCCCACGAGCAUCACCCGACUCUGGAUCUCCAAUACAGGCGGACUGAGCUACCCUUCGGCAGAGGUGAUCAAUGUGUAUGCGGCUUCCGUUCAAUCUGCCCUUGGCAGCACGCAGUAUACAAUAACGGCAUAUGACCGCAACGUGUCCAAGGCUCUAUUAACCUUGGAAGGACUAAGGGUGACCUCGAUCGCGAGCCCAGAGACUGCCGCACCCUCGGAUCAAUUCAAGGCCGACAAUCUGUGCCAUCACGUCGAAUACAAGCCGGACACGGAUCUGCUCACCAACCACGGAUUCUUGACUGCAUUUGGCAGGAAAGAACUCCAAGUCCCGGGUCCGGUGCAGCAUUUGCGAGACAUGGAGUUCCUGAUUGCCACCUGCAUCAGCAAAUACGCCGAUCCGCUCAGUGAGAUGGACAAAAGCAGUCUACCCCCUCACACGAUUCAAUACAUUGAGUGGAUCCUAGAGCGCAAACGGUUACUGGAACUCGAUGUGUCGGACUUCGGGUCGAUUGAGUGGCGGCAUCUCAUGGACGACGAGGUCUAUGUAACAGAGGUUCACAAACAGGUCGAAAGCGCCAGCAAGCGAGGCCAACUCGUGGGCACUCUCUGCAAGAGUCUUUUGGAGAUUCUCGAAGACCCUCUACCUCAUCUGUUCAAGGACAAUCUGCUUACUGAUGUGUAUUCCGAGAUGUUGUACGGCCUGCCAGCGGUGACAGCUCUGACUCGGUACAUCGACGCUCUCGCCCACAAGAAUCCGCGCAUGAACGUCCUCGAGAUCGGGGCUGGUACCGGAGCGAUGACGGAGCUCUGCGUCAAAGCACUGGCAUCCCCGGAUACUGACAAUGCACCGCGCUACGCCCAGUGGGACUUCACCGACAUCUCCAGCUCGUUUUUCCCGGACGCCGUGAGCCGCUUCGAGACGGAGAAGCGGCGCAUGAGUUUCCGUGUGUUGGAUAUCGAGCAGGAUCCUGAGACUCAAGGCUUUGAUUGUGGAUCGUACGACUUGGUCGUCGCUUUUCUGGUCCUUCAUGCAACAACUGAUCUCGCAGCCAGCCUGAGGAACGUUCGGAGGCUGUUGAAAGCGGGCGGAAAAUUGCUGCUAUUCGAGAUCACACAUCCUGAUCCGGUUCGGGCUAGCUUUGUGUUCGGGCUAUUCGAGGGUUGGUGGCGUGCAAGUGAACCCUACCGCCAGAGUCAUCCGUGUGUUGAUGUCAACCGGUGGGAGGCUUUGUUGCAAGAAUCAGGAUUCUCGGGGUGCGACCUUGCGAUAGAUGACUACGUCGAUGCUUCAUGUCGUGAAGCAACAUUCAUUGUUGCGAGCGCCGUGCCAUCCGUUACAAACGCGGAGGCAACGAGGACCGAUAUGACUCGAGCCAAACCUUCAGCGCCGUUCACCCAGAAGGAGGUCAAUAUCAUUCUCAAUACCGCAAAUCCUCGUCAGGUCGCGCUGGCACAGAUGCUAUCUGAACUACUGGAUCAGACUGGAGUUCUAUAUGCUGUCAAGCGAGGUCUGGAGGAUAUCAAGAAACGAGACCUGUCUUCCGGUAUCCUGGACAUCUCCCUUCUCGACUUCGACUUUCCUUUCACAUACAACAUGGAGGCGGAAGAAUAUGAAGGCUUGCAACGAUUGAUAACCACAACGACGAAUCUCAUCUGGGUUGACAGCGGAGGAGGUCGUGAGCCCUCGCCUCAGUUUCGACUUGUCGACGGUUUGUUUCGCGUUCUUGCUCGCGAAUUGUCCAGAGCAAAAAUUACAACCUUGUCCUUGGACGACAGCACGAUCCUGCACCAUGCAGAGCAGAUCACCAAGAUUUUUGGAACUGUCACCUCCGAAGCAACAGAUGUAGACACAGAGUACAGAGUGAUUGACGGGGUAAUCCACAUCGGUCGGUUGGUCGCCGCUCAAGCUAUCUCCCAGACCAUCGCGAAGAUGAAGCUACCACAGCAAAGAGAGCUCAGAGCAUACGGGGCAGGACCGCCGCUCCGCCUUGAAAUUGGCACCCCGGGCCUUCUGCACACCCUCCAGUUUGUCGAGGAUAAAUCUCUACACAAACCCCUGAAGCCGGACGAAGUUGAGGUCCAGGUCAAGGGUGUGGGCCUCAAUUUUCGCGAUGUUCUGAUUGCACUGGGUCGACUGGAAAGUGACACGCUCGGUGCCGAAUUCGCGGGAAUUGUGGUCCGUGUUGGCAGUCAGUGUCGGCGUUUCAAACCGGGUGAUAGAGUGGUUGUGUUCCAUCCCAGUCGCUAUGCUAACUACGUUCGUGUGCGUGAGAACAUGUCUAUCGUCAAGAUCAAGGACGAGACGAUGCCAAUGUCAUUCGUGACUGCGGCUGCAAUUCCUGUGGCCUUCGCUACCGCGUGGAUCACGAUGACAAGGUUGGCGAGGCUGCAAGCGGGGGAGUCGGUCCUUAUUCACUCAGGAGCAGGCGGCACUGGGCAGGCAGCGAUCCAGGUGGCUCAGCAUUGCCGGGCGACGGUUUUCACAACUGUUUCUACUGAGGAAAAGAAACGAUUGUUGAUGGAGCAAUACCAUGUCCCAGAGGAUCAUAUCUUCUCCAGCCGCAAUACACUGUUCGCCAAGGGGAUCACACGCUUGACUGGAGGCCGGGGGGUCGAUGUUGUGCUCAAUUCCCUGGCCGGUGAAAUGCUUAUCGCAUCUUGGGAGUGCAUUGCGCCAUUUGGACGAUUCAUCGAGAUUGGAAAGAACGAUAUCCUAACGAACACGAAGCUUCCGAUGUUGCAGUUCGAGAAGAACGUGAGCUUUACGGCGGUGGACCUUGCCGAGAUGGCAUUUGACCGUCCGCAGUUGAUUCAACAAGCUUUGACAGAUGACGUGUUCAAGUUGAUCAAAGCAGGCAAAUUGAGUAUUCCUCAGCCGCUACAGGUCUUUGGCAUUGGAGAUCUUGAGCAAGCUUUACGACAUCUACAGAGUGGGAGAAACUCGGGCAAGGUAGUGGUGGAACUUCGGAAUGACGAGCAAGUUAUGACACUUCUGGAUACUACACCAUCUUUUGCAUUUGAACCGAACGCCACAUAUGUGAUUGCAGGCGGUUUGGGAGGCAUUGGUCGAAGCAUAGCCAGCUGGUGUGUAGAGCGCGGGGCUCGCAACUUGGUCCUCCUUUCACGUUCUGGUCAGAAGACUGAGCAUGCACGCGCGCUGGUGAGGAAGUUGGAGCGUCAAGGUGCUCGAGUCGUUACUCCAAUGUGUGACAUCACCGAUCGAGAGUCCCUGAAAGUCGUCCUCGAUGUGUGCCGUCAAGUUAUGCCCUCAAUCAAAGGAUGCGUGCAAGCAUCAAUGGUGGUCAGGAGCGGCAAUUUCGAAGGACUCGACCAUGAUUCCUGGAAAGCAAGUACCGCGCCGAAAGCCCAGGGCUCCUGGAACCUUCACGAGCUUCUCCCGCGCGGCAUGGACUUUUUCAUCAUGCUCUCCUCCAUCAGUGGAAUUUGUGGCCCGCUCACCGAUGCGAGCUACGCCGCGGGAAACACGUUUCUGGACGGUCUGGCCCGCUAUCGCGUCAGUCAAGGCGAGAAGGCCGUCUCCCUGGAUCUUGGGCUCUUCCUGUCGGCCGGAUACUUCCACGAGAACCCGGACAAGCGCGAUCUGUUCCUGGCCAACACCGUGUGGGACGAGAUCUCCGAGGCGGACCUCCACGCCAUCCUGGACAUCUACUGCAGCCAGAAAAGCUCGUCGCCGUUGCAGAGUCAGCUCGUGGUCGGCAUCACGCCACGCAGCGCGGAGACCGGUCGCGCCAAGGCCGACUGGAUGAAACGGCCCUUCUUCCGCCACCUGUCUACCUUCUUGGAGACAACCGCAGAGGGAGGGUCAGCGUCUGCAUCGGCGUCGUCGGGGAAUAGCAGCUCCAACCUGGCGGCCCGGUUCGCGGCGGCCCGGACGACCAGCGAGGCGGUCGAGGUUGCGCUCCAGGCGACGCGGGAGAAGGUGGCGAUCAUGCUGUCGGUGCCGGUGGACGAGGUCGACGUGGACAAAGCGAUCCAUCAGUACGGGGUGGAUUCGCUGGCGGCGGUGGAGCUCCGGAAUUGGUUCUCGCGGGAGCUGCAGGCGGAGAUAGCCGUGUUUGAUAUCCUGGGGGGUGCGAGCAUUGCGUCGGUGGUGCGAUUGGCCGUGGGCCGGGUUGGUGGUGGUGUGAAAGGUGUUGGUGCUGUGUGAUUGUGUUGGACGGAAUGCAGUAGUUGGGCACUAUCGUGUAUGAUAGGAUAGGACGAUAGGAAUGCAGUCGGCUAUUCGCCUCGGAUAUUGAAG